AUGGUCACUAAUAUGGCUUCAUCAUCCAAUUAUCGUUUAUCAAGCUCUCUUUCUCCAAUUAGAAACAAAAUUACAGAUGAUUUUCAAGAAUGUGAUCCUAUGAUUAAAAGUACUAAUUUUCAACCUAUACCAAAAUAUAAUCACAAUUGUUUUGAAAAUAGCAAUACUGUUAAUGUUAGUAUUCAAGAUGAAGCUCAAAUUAUUAAAAUUAAAUCAUCGGAAAAACAUGAUUUCCUGAUUUAUGAUAAAAACUUAUUCAGAUUCAAAGUUUUUGUGGUUAUAUUGUUAUAUAUGUCAAGAUCAAUUAUAGAAACAAGAAAUAUUCAUAGGAAUUUGGAUGAUAAUAGUCAGAAAUUUCUCAAGAGUUUAUAUGAUAUUAUAUUUUUUGCCUGUAUCUUUACCUUUACAUAUAUAUCUGGGAAGUCGUUCACAAUUUCCAUUCUUACUUUAAAGAAAACUAAAGAGUCAAAAGAUUCACAAGACAUUUUUGACAAAGGAUUUUCCAGAUUUAUUAAUAUUUUUACUCAUCCAAGUUUUUUACCUAUCAAAAUAGUGGUUUACAAAUCAAUAACAAAGUAUUUUUUACCUGGAUUUGUUAUGUUAUACUUUAUUCAGCCUUUUUCAUACUAUAUUUCAGCAGUACAUCCAAUUUGGGUAGAAAGGAUUACCUUAUCUCCAAUUAACUUUUUCUUAGACUCAUUGGAUAGAGUUAUUUAUAAAACUGCUUUGGAUAAUGUAUCUAAAAAGAUUUCAUACUUUCCCCAAGUAUUAAUUUACCUAUCAUUCAUACGUAUAAUAUGUUUUCCUAUUACUGAGCUCACCAAGUAUAUAAUAGAGUGUUCUUUUGGAGAGAUAAAGAAUUCAACAAAACAAAAUGACUCUGGAGAGCAUUAUAGUAAUAUUAACAUAAGCUCAAAAACUUGUAGAAAGUAUUCCUCUAUUUUGGAUAUCUCUAACUCAUAUAGUAUAGGGAAGUAUCAGAAAUACCUAAAUAACCCAUUAAUAACAAAUAAACUAAGGUAUCAAGCAACUGAAAUUAAUGAUGGUAAAAACCAAACAAAAUAUUACUUUUAUGAAAGAGAAUUUUCUUUAAUUUCUUUAAUUGGAAAAGCUACAAUUUCUAUUUUGGUUAUUAUAAUGUUGUAUUACUAUAACCUUAGAGAAUUUUCAAUGCUUGUUUUCAUCCCAGUAGCUCUUCCAAUUAUUACAUUCUCCUUAGCUGGGCAUUUGUCUUCAAUUACAAAAGUCAAAAUUUCCUUGGCUUUAACUUAUAUCCUCCUACUCUUCCUUUUAAUUCCGUUAAAAGAUUAUUCAAUAAUUUGGAAACUUUGUUUAAUAUUCUUGCUUGGUGUUACAGACGUACAACUAUCAUUUAUGAGAAGCCAAUAUAAUAAUUACUCUGGUGAAAGUAAAUCAACAAGCAUAAGCAUUAUCCAUCCAAUAUUUAAACAUAUUUCUUUAUUGGUAUUUUCAGUAACUACAAUAUAUUUAUCAUUUUUUAUCUCGGAAAGCAAAUACUUUGAAAAUCUAUCAUUAUAUCUAAAUUCAUUAAAAGAGGUAUCCUUACUAUUUCUGAUUAUUACUAUUACAUCCCACCCUUUGUUCAGAUCAGAAUUAUAUGUUGUUGAUAACUCAUAUGGAAUAAAACAAAUAAAAAGUGAGAAUCAGAAUCUUUUUGUUUUGAUUUUCGUCCAUUCAAUUGUAAUCCGCGUUGUCUCAUUCUUUUUUGAAUCCAAAACUAAUAUUAAGCUACCAAUAUACAUAAACAUAUUAAGUAUUACAUUAAUUUCAUUAUUUUUAACAGAAUUACUAUACUAUACAAUACUGCUGUUCAAUCAUUGUUGUUCGUAUUUGAAAUCGUAUUUUAUAUCAGGAAGCAAAGUUAAAGACUCAAAUUCUUACCAAUUGUUAGUGUAA